AUGUGGCAACAGAAAUUCGACCACAAUCUCCAGUUGAAUUAUUAUGUGAACUUGGACGACGGCCUGAUCUCCUUUGACCUCCCGUGUGAGGUCCAGAUCCAGAAGAAACUGCCCAAACAGAAGGAGAACAUCCUCCACAGAAUUACAUCAGCACUCACGCUUAGAAGGCUGUCUUCGAAAGCAUCUGAUGACGAACUCCAACAAGGUUUGAGUGUUGAGUCCGAGUCUGGCUUCACUACGGCUGAUCAAAGCCCUUCGGAGCCAAAUGGUCACCUGCUCCCGAUGAGUGGGCCUCCACUGCCGUUAGGAGAAAAAUCCAUCUCUAGAAUGCCCAGUGACUCGUAUUUGUUAGAGAAGGCAUUUAAUCUACAACCUCAUGAGGACGAGGUGGCUAGUGUAUCUUCCGACGAGUCCAUCCAGAGCUUUUACCUGGACAUCGUUGCUAACGAUAUGUACUAUGACUACGACCGUACGGUUUACUGCGACGAGAAACCGUUUAUCAGUGGGAAUGGAAAGAAUAAUCUUCUGCUGGAAAACAACCUCAUUAACGACGACUACGAGAAAGAGCUCGAGAGACAGGAGCUUCGACUUCAAAUCCUUAAGGAGCUCUACUAG